AUGGAAACCAGCACGCCAAAGGCUGGGGACAAGAGCGGCUCAUUGGGGGGCGACGUCUCUGAAUUAAAGUAUAGUAAGGGGAGUGGUAAUGUGACAUGCGAAAAGGAGACAGAGAACAACUCGCAGAGGCUGAGUAUAAUAAUACAGAUAGAGGAUAAAAGAGAUGGGAAAGCAGCAGAGGACGAGAGCGGUAGUAGCCCGGGGCAGGAUAGGAGCCGACAGAUAUUAGGGGGACGACAGACCCAGGACGGGAGUCGGACGGACUGUAUAAUAGAGAUAGGAGGUGAAAAUGAGGAACUGGACAUAGAGGCACAGGAAGAGGACCCCGGGGCAAGGACCAGUCACUCGUAUUAUACCAGAUCUGUGGCACGAGGGGAGGCAAAGCGAAGAGAGGAAGAGAACCAUACGAUAGCUCCUCUCCGACAAAUUAUGCCAAUGGUAGGGGAAAAGACUAGAGUAAAGGUGCCGUUCUCAACAAGUGAUUUGAACAAUUGGAGAGAUGAAGCAAGAAACUUCAGGAGGAAUCCAGAGGGAGUAGCAAAGAGGUUUGAGCUAAUGGCAAAGAAUUUAGAUAUUGACUGGGAAGAUAUAGAGGUGAUGCUGUCAGAACUGACAGAUACAGAAAGGGAACUCGUAUUGGAAACAGGAAAACGACAUGCCCAAGUAUUGUCAGGGAGACUAGAGGAUAAUUUCCCCAGCAGUAAACCAGAAUGGGACCCAGCGGACCCACUGGUUAAAAUGGAGCUAGGGGAAGGUAAAAAGGAAUUGAGCUUUUUAAUUGAUACGGGAGCAACUUUUUCGGUUUUAAAUCAGGAAUUGGUACCUAAAAGUGAUGAAUUUGUACAAGUUGUGGGAGCAACAGGCCAACCAGAAAAGGCUUACUUUUUGAAACCCAUUAAAUACAAAAUUGGGAAACAAAUGGGAAUUCAUCAGUUCCUGUAUUUACCAAAUUCUCCAAAGCCCUUAUUGGGAAGAGACCUAUUAGAAAACCUGGGAGCCAUAAUAAAGUUCAACAAAGAUAAAUUGGAAUUCCAAGUAAACGAUGAACAACUGAUUACAGCCCUAAGCCUAACAAUCAGUUGUGUGGGACCCAAACCUGAGAACCACAACUUCGAGCGAAUCCUGAGCAAGACCUAUCCAUUAGUAUGGGCUACGGAUAUACCUGGAAAAUCAAAACGAGCGACACCGAUUGUUGUCGAACUUAAGGUCGGGGCAAGACCGGUGGUAAGAAAACAAUACCCUCUGAGGAUAGAAGACAGAAAGGGAAUUGAGCCCAUAAUCAAAAGGUUUUUAGAACUGGGGUUGUUAGUAGAAUGUGAAUCGGAUUUUAAUACACCGAUCUUGCCAGUAAAGAAACCCAAUGGAACGUAUAGGCUCGUUCAGGAUCUGAGGGCAGUAAACGAAAUAACCAAGACAUUACACCCGGUGGUUGCUAAUCCAUAUACACUUUUAACUAGGCUAAAGGAUAGCCUGGCUUGGUUCACCGUAUUAGAUUUGAAAGACGCAUUCUUCUGCCUUCCCUUAGCCCCCGAGAGUCAAAGGAUUUUUGCCUUUGAGUGGGAAUCAGUAGAUAGGGGGAGAAAGACCCAACUUACCUGGACACGGUUGCCCCAAGGCUGGUCUAACUCGCCCACAAUCUUUGGGAAUCAGUUAGCCAAAGAAUUAGAACAAUGGGAAGGGCCACCGGGAGAUGGCGCCCUCCUGCAGUACGUAGACGACCUCCUAAUAGCGACAGUGACGGAGGAAGAAUGCAUUGAAUGGACUAUUUCCUUGUUGAAUUUCCUGGGUUUAAGUGGAUAUCGAGUCUCUCAACAGAAAGCACAACUGGUGCAAAAGGAAGUGGUGUACCUGGGAUACGAAAUCUCCAGAGGGCAACGAUCCCUGGGAGCAGCCAGGAAAGAGGCCAUCUGCCAGAUGCCCAAACCAGAGACGGUGAGAGACCUGCGCGCCUUUCUGGGGAUGACAGGUUGGUGUCGGCUAUGGAUCUAUCAGUAUGGGAUACUCGCUAAACCACUAUAUGAUUUGCUGAAAGAAACCAAGAAUGUCCUAGUUUGGACUCCCGAGGCGGAAGGGGCCUUCAAGAGACUGAAGCGGGAGCUGAUGAGAGCACCAGCCUUAGGUCUCCCAGAUGUGUCAAAACCAUUCUGGCUAUUUUCCCAUGAGCGGCAAGGGAUGGCCCUAGGAGUCCUAGCCCAGCAGUUGGGACCACACAAGAGAGCUGUGGCCUACUUCUCCAAGCGAUUGGAUGAAGUAAGUAAAGGAUGGCCAGGCUGUCUGAGGGCAGUGGCCGCAGUGAUAAUUAACAUAGAAGAGGCCAGGAAGCUCACGCUGGGCCAAAAGGUGACUGUGUUGGUAUCCCACACUGUGUCAGCCGUGCUGGAACAGAAAGGCAACCAUUGGUUGUCGCCUUCCAGAUUCUUAAAGUACCAGGCCAUCCUGGCUGAAUCGGAUGAUGUAACCAUUCAGGUAACUAACAUUGUGAACCCAGCUUCAUUCUUAGAAGGAAGAGCCCCAGCAGAACCCAUCGAGCAUGACUGUCUGGAAACAAUUGAAGCUGUCUACUCCAGUCGCCCAGAUCUCAAAGAAGAGCCGUUCGAAGACGCGGACAACUGGUUUUCGGAUGGCAGCAGCUUCGUAAAGCAAGGGGUAAGAAUGGCUGGCUAUGCAGUCACCACUACAGAAAGGGUAAUUGAGUCAAACCCCCUGCCUGCAGGGACUUCAGCUCAAAAGGCAGAGCUGAUAGCUCUGACCCGAGCCCUGGAAUUAGCAAAGGACAUGCAAAUUAAUAUAUGGACAGACUCUAAAUAUGCCUUUUCUGUCGUACAUGCUCAUGGAGCCAUCUGGAAAGAAAGAGGACUGUUGACUACACAAGGAAAAACAGUCAAACAUGCAGAAGAGGUUCUGCGACUGCUGGAGGCGGUCCAACUCCCAACACAAGUGGCCAUAAUGCAUUGCAAGGGGCAUUUAAAAGGCAAUACUAUUCCAGAAAUAGGGAACAGGAAGGCAGAUACAGAAGCUAAAUUGGCGGCCGCAAGAAAUAGGGAAGCGGAAAUAGCGGCCCUAAUACCAGGGGAGCUGGAUAUCAAUAUCCAGCCAGACUACCAAGAAUCAGACCAUAGAUGGAUUCAAAGGAAAAAGGGCAAAAUACUAGGAAAUGACCAGAAUAGCAGGACCAAAAUUGUUUACUACUAUAAAACACGUUACGUCCCAGUGUGA